CUUUGUCAUCGCCUCAGUCGCCCAUUUAUCAAAUUUCUAUCCAAAGUGUCUUCAUCUCGCACUCGUUUCCGACGCCCCCGAGUUGGUACAGACAUGCCAAUACUUCCUUUAACAUCUCCAUCAUAUCCUAAUCACAAUUUAUCUGGCACUCCCAUGUCUGUCUCCAAUCGUGUGCCAUUGAUGUUUCGACGGUUGCAUAGGUUCCAGCAAAUGGACUUUGAGCUGGCCUUUUGGCAGCUGUCUUAUCUCUGUCUGGCACCCAAGAGAGUUUAUCGAAACGUGUACUACCACAAGCAGACCAAGAACACCUGGGCAAGAGAUGACCCGGCAAUCUUAAUUCUGCUAUUUGCAAGCCUCUUCGUUGCUGCAGUAGCAUGGUCUAUUGUGUAUUCGUAUUCCCCACUGCAGGCGGUGCGAUUAGCAUUUGUGAUGAUACUGCGAGAUUACCUCCUUGUCGGUGUACUGAGUGCGACUUUUCUUUGGUUCUUCUCCAACCGGGUGUUGGUAUCACCUUCCUCUCAUUCAUCACCUACAGACUCUUCAGUCGAAUGGGCAUAUGCUUUCGACGUUCAUACGAAUGCAUUUUUCCCCUUGUAUCUGACACUUUAUUUAGCGCAACUGUUCCUCCUUCCCGUAGUGUUAAAGGAUAACUGGGUUUGCCUCCUUGUUGGCAAUACCUUGUAUCUUGCAGGGUUUGCUCAGUAUAUCUACGGAGUGUACCUUGGACUAAGUGCUCUACCAUUCUUGAUACGCUCCGAAAUAUUGCUGGCCCCAUUAUUACCGCUAUUUGCGAGCUAUGUUGUGUCGUUAUUAGGUUUCCACGUUGCAAAACAUGUUCUGAGCGUGUACUUCGGUUCAUGAUACACUACAUUGUACAGGAGAUGGACGAUAGGCGUGGCCCCCAUUAGCUAUUUCCGCAGUAGUGUGUGCUGUAGCUUGACCACAAUAAUAAUAGACACUUCCGAGUC